AAUAAAGGUAAAUAUACAUAUAAGAAAAGAUCAUUUAAUGAAAAAAUGAAAGAUGCUUCUAAGAAGAAAAGAUUGAAUCAGAUUUCAAAUACUGAGAAAAUUUCAUCAUCCAGUUCUACUGAAAAUAAUAGAGAAUCAUUAACAAACAAGUUGGAAAAAUUAUUUAAUUUUCCUUUGGAUAGCUUUAUAUCAAAAGAGUUAAGUGAAAAAAAUACAUGUAAUAUCAAAAAGAAUUAUUAUGAAGAACCAAGUGAAAGAAAUAAUGCUGAAAAAACUUAUUCUGAAGAGUCAAGUGAAAAGUCAAGUGAAAUAAAUAAUGCCCAGAAAACUUAUUUUCAAGAGUCAAAUGAAAUAAAUAAUAACCAAAAAACUUAUUCUGAAGAAAACAAAGAAAUUCAUCAAAUCAAAUUUCCAUUAACAGGCUAUGUCUUUAAUGAAUGGCAGUCAACAGAAAAUCCUUUUAUUCCUUCUAAAAUGAUAGAUGGUGAGAAGUCAACUGAAAAAUUAGUUGAUUCUAUGCUAAUGGGAAUGCUGUCAAUAGAAAAUAUAGAAAAUCCUCUUACACUGAUUAAUGGUGGACAGUCUUCCAGAAAGCUAGUUAAUUUAGAUUCUGAAUCAUUAAAUUUUGAAUCAUUAAUGAGCCUUAUAACAUAA